UAGUGGCAAAUAUACUGUACUGUCACGUGUCGUUCCGUUGAGUAUGCAUGACCGCUAGCCGAUUAUGUAUCAAGAAAAGCUGUAGAGAAAAUGUUAAAUGCACGGUAACAUGUCCGGUUUAACGUAACAUUGUACUGAAAUGUUUACUCGGAGUUAGUUAACGGCUUACGCUUUUAUCCCCACUGUCGGGCUGUUGGAGUGGAGCAAGGCUGCUUAGCAGCCAGCCAAGAUGGAUACCGCAGAGGAAGCGGAUAUAUGUCGAGUAUGUCGCUCAGAGGGCACCCAGGAAAAGCCGCUCUACCAUCCCUGCGUUUGCACUGGCAGCAUCAAGUUUAUCCAUCAGGAAUGCUUACUGCAGUGGCUAAAACACAGUAGGAAAGAAUACUGUGAAUUAUGCAAACACAGGUUUGCUUUUACACCAAUCUACUCUCCAGACAUGCCAUCUCGUCUACCUGUCCAAGACAUUUUUGCAGGGCUGGUCACCAGUAUCGGAACAGCCAUCAGAUACUGGUUUCACUACACACUGGUCGCCUUUGCCUGGCUAGGUGUUGUUCCUCUCACAGCAUGUCGCAUCUACAAGUGUUUGUUUACCGGCUCUGUGAGCUCUCUCCUUACCCUGCCAUUAGAUAUGCUUUCCACCCAGAACCUGCUCGCUGACUGCCUCCAGGGCUGCUUCGUGGUCACUUGCACGUUGUGUGCCUUUAUCAGUCUGGUGUGGCUAAGAGAGCAGAUUGUCCAUGGUGGAGCCCCACAGUGGUUAGAGCAUAAUCAACCCCCCCUGGUUCCGAACCAGCCUGAUGGUCCUGCACAAGCUAAUGAGGAUCCAGUCGCUAAUUUAGCAGCCAAUGUCCCGGCUGCUGCAGAUGCUGCAGGGCCGCAGCUCCCUGCAGAGCACGGCCCCAACGAGCCGGCCCUGGCCAAUCAGCAGGAAGCUGGCAACAACCGAGAUGAAGGAGAGUUGGAUGAUGAUGAAGGGGAGGAUGAUGAUGACGACGAUGGGGAAGAAGAUGAUGAGGAAGAGGAGGAAGAAGGCAGGGAGGAUGCUGCUGAUGCCAAUAACGGGGGGCAAGAAGAUUUGAACUGGAACGCUCUAGAGUGGGACCGAGCAGCAGAGGAGCUGACCUGGGAGAGGAUGCUUGGACUAGAUGGUUCCCUUGUUUUUCUGGAGCAUGUAUUCUGGGUGGUGUCUCUCAACACACUGUUCAUCUUGGUGUUUGCCUUUUGCCCGUAUCACAUCGGCCAUUUCUCAGUUGUUGGUCUGGGCUUUGAAGACUAUGUCAAAGCGUCACAUUUUGAUGGCCUCAUCACCACGAUACUGGGAUACAUCCUACUGGCUGCUGCUCUUGUGGUCUGUCAUGCAUUGGCUUCGCUAGUGAAGUUCCAGCGGUCCAGACGCCUUCUAGGUGUCUGCUACAUUGUUGUGAAGGUUUCCCUACUGGUUGUCAUGGAGAUCGGCUUGUUCCCGCUCAUUUGUGGCUGGUGGCUGGACAUUUGCUCUCUGGAAAUGUUUGAUGCAAGUUUGAAGGACAGAGAGCAGAGUUUCGACUCUGCUCCAGGUACCACAAUGUUCCUCCACUGGUUGGUCGGCAUGGUUUAUGUCUUUUACUUUGCCUCCUUCAUCCUUCUGCUCAGAGAGGUUCUUCGACCAGGUGUGCUGUGGUUUUUGAGGAACCUGAAUGAUCCAGACUUCAACCCAGUGCAAGAGAUGAUUCACCUUCCUAUCUAUCGACACCUGCGGAGGUUUAUACUCUCAGUGGUGGUGUUUGGCUCAAUCGUUCUACUGAUGCUUUGGCUUCCGAUCAGGAUCAUUAAACUGCUCUUCCCAGCCUUCCUUCCUUAUAAUGUCAUGCUAUACAGUGAUGCUCCAGUCAGCGAGUUGUCGCUGGAACUCCUGCUGCUUCAGGUCGUUCUGCCUGCAUUAUUGGAGCAAGGUCACACUCGCCAGUGGCUCAAACGUCUUGUCCACGCCUGGACGUUCACAGCUGGAUAUGUGCUUGACCUUCACUCGUACCUUUUGGGCGACCUUGAAGAUGAUGAAAACCAACCAAAUAACCCCCCUAAUCGACUAAAUAACAACCGCAUCCCUGGGCUUGGAGAGGGGCUCCAUGCUGCCCACCAGGCCAUUCUGCAGCAGGGCGGUCCUGUGGGGUUCCAACCCUACCACCGACCCCCUAACUUCCUCCUUAAGAUCAUUAUGCUGGUGGUCUUCAUGUGUGUGACUCUGUUACUUGCGAGUCUGCUCUGUCUCACGCUGCCAGUGUACGUGGGUCGUUGGCUGAUGUCUCUGUGGAUGGGCAGUGCAGUGGUCCAUGAGCUAUAUACAGCAGCCAGCGGUCUGUACGUCUGCUGGGUCUCCAUCAGAGCCGCCACUGUCCUGCUGUCCUGGAUGCCACAGGGAAGGACAGUUAUCAUGAUCAAAGUCCACGAGUGGACGCUUAUGAUCUUUAAGACUGUUGUAGUGGCCGUGAUGUUAGCUGGGGUGAUUCCUCUGCUGUUGGGGCUGCUGUUUGACCUCGUCAUCGUUGCUCCUCUUAGAGUCCCGUUGGACCAGACUCCUCUCUUCUACCCAUGGCAGGACUGGGCCCUUGGUGUCCUUCAUGCAAAAAUCAUUGCUGCUAUAACACUGAUGGGCCCCCAGUGGUGGCUAAAAACUGUCAUUGAGCAGGUUUAUGCUAACGGCAUCAGAAACAUCGACCUUCAUUUCAUCGUCAGGCGGUUGGGCGCCCCCGUUAUUUGUCUUCUGUUGCUGUCGCUGUGUGUGCCCUAUACCGUCUCUAAAGGCCUCACACCACUACUGGGAGUGCAGCCAGAGAUGCAGAUACUGGUGGAGAGGAGAAUCUAUCCGUUCCUGCUGAUGGUGGUCAUAUUGCUGGCCAUACUGUCCUUUCAGAUUCGCCAGUUCAAACGACUUUAUGAGCACAUCAAAAACGACAAAUACCUGGUUGGACAGCGAUUGGUAAACUAUGAGCGGAAGACGGGCAGGAGCUCCACCUCUCACAGCACCGCCUCAUAAAGCUGACACCCCGCCUCACACCGGGGGCCUUCAGGAGCUCCUUUCUCUGUUGUUUCUCUUCUCAUCUUCAAAGACUACAUAUCAAACCUCUGACUUCAGCCCCAUCCCUUUCUUCUCCAGCAUCUCCCACGGUUACAGUGUGGGAAGCAAAGACUUUGACAGGCAAACUCAAGCAACCGUCUCCCAUGAAAACUCUGCCCCAGAAGUUUUCAUGUGAGGUUAAAAUUCUGAACAAAGUCUUUAAGCUUCUUAAGCUCUCUGCUUGAAUCAAACUUGGCAGAAUUAAACAUCCCUCACUGGUCCUUCUGAUCUAGUCCCCUGCUCAGGUGAUAUUUGUUUUAUUUUCCAGAAGCUUGCUUCAAAUUCAGGUCAGAUGAGCUCAGCGUUUACCUUAGAUUGAGCUUCCAUUUGAAAACAUUGGAGAAAAAAAAUAAAUCUGUCGUCCUUUAUAUAGUUUAGAUUUGUGAAGGAGAUCGUUGGCUAACUUCCAUAGUCCUGCAUCCAUGGUUAACAGGAUGGUUUUAAUUUUAAAGUCUCUUCUGAGGCUGAGAAAAAAAAUGAUAAACAAAAAGGUUUCUGGUUGAAAAUGUGAAGAACAUGUUUUUCUUUUUAUGACGUUAGUCUCCAAGUUUUAACAGUAGAGCCCUUCUAAAGCUUGUUUUUACACAUUUAAAAACUGAAUCAUUUUAGCUUUGGGUAAAAAAAGAUGGGAAAAGGCUUAUUGCUGUCUUACAGAAUCUAGGUUGAGCCGCUAAAGAUGAAUCUGGAAACUCUUUUUCUUCAGUGUGGCGACAGAACUAGAAUUGAGCAAACACAGAGGUAACCAUAACUACUGUGUUCAAUUUUAAGUUCAGUUCAACUUUUCCCACCGUCACUGUUAAAACUAAAGAGCCUGGUAACACUUUAGAUAAUUGUAUAAAUGAACAGAAAAGAAAAGUGGAAAUAAAGCAAUAGAUAAAAUAAGGCAACACUGAAUGUAGAGGUAGAAAACAACUACGGUCCACUUUGGUAAAACUUUAGCUGCUAUGUUUUUACUUUCAGUAGAAUAUCUGAAUAUUUUGAUAAGCUACUGUUGUCUCUAUUAGGUCAAAUAGAUGAGAAAAUCUAAUUUCUAACUGGUUGGAGUUCUUUGUUUAAAUUCUAACGCAUACUGUGCGCGGUUGAAGUAUUUACAUGUCCCCAAACAUUUCUAAUUGGUAGAGAUUUGUGAUCCAGUCUGAAAAAGCUCAGUGAAACCACUCUUUUUCAGAAAACUUGAUCAAGAGCUGCAUUAAAGUGCUUUAAACUUUCAAAUGCAGAAAAGGCUGGAGCUCAGUGAUCUGUUCGCAGCUCUGCAGACUUCAUGGAGUUGUAAAGUUUUUACAGUAAAGCUGAAAACUGAGCAGCAAGAUUUAGCCUUUUCUGCAUGGGGAAAUGGUUCAAAUAGGCCCUCAUCUUUUCAAGGCACUGCAGUAUUUCAAAGCUGCGUUUUCCAGCGCGUCACUCCUGAAGUUCUCUUUCAACGUGGGGUUUGGUGUAUGUUCCAUAUAUGCUGUGUAUGGUCUGAAUGGGAGUGGGGAAUAUGGAGAGAGACAGAGGCUUCUGAGUGGGAAUCAGCCAGAGGAUUGCUCUGAUAAGUUCUUAAGAUUCGCGUUUUAAGAAGUACAAUCUGACGUAACUCGAGUUAGACACAUUUUGAUAACCGCAUUAAACAGAACAGGAAAUGAUUGAUGGUUGCUCCCCAGUUGGCAGUCUGAUUCUCUGAUGAUUCAAGCUUCACUCAAAGGGCAGCUUCUAUAUUUCUGUGUCCAUGAUCGUAUUUCACUAAAGCAUGGAAUCAUGAAAUGUUCCAUGUAUAUCUAACAAACCAGCUUCAAAACUGCAAACUGAAUCAGCCACAGGGAAAAAAACUGAAACAACACUGCAAAAACAAUCUAGAAAUAAGUAAAAAUGUCUUAAAUUGAGUCUAUUUACCCUUAACUUGAGUAGGUAAAUAAGAUAACUUGCAAAUGGAAUUUU